GCUGAAUAUUUCCGUCAUUUGCUUAAGCCCGUUACGUAGGUUGCCUUUUACGUUUUCGCGUUCAAGUUAAGCUGGAAUUUUUAGUUUUCAUUUUUCGCCUUGUUCUUUUUUUUUUUUUUGAGAGAAACUGCAAGUAGACUGCCAUUUUCACUGCUACAGCAUAAACUUCUGGUGAUUGUUCUUGUUGAAUGGGAGAAGGCUGUGGAUCUUGGUUUCCUCAGCAGCAAUUUCAUUGGCAAUCACCCAACUUGAAUUCUUUGGCUGCUUCCAGUCCGUUGGGACUGCAAAGUACUAAUCCUAGAUUCAUGAACUUGGGUACUGAUAUGGUCUCUGUUACUGGGACUUCGCAGUUUUAUGCAAAUCCAGAAUUAUCUCACUUUGGGGUUAGCCAACGAAAUGAACCUCGUGGCUGGUUUUACUGUUUGCCCUGUUUCAGACAGGUCUUUGCACCUGCUUCAAACUCUUUGUUGAAAGAGCAACACCUGGCUGACCGAUAUGAGAAUCUUAAGGAAAGUGGUACCUCCAAGGCAGGGACGGGGGCUGCUGAGAAGAGAUUCCUUGUUUUUGAUCAAUCUGGUGAUCAAACUACCCUGAUUUUCAGUUCUGCUAUUGGGACUCCUACCAAGUGCCUGUCUUCUUGGGGUCCAAAAUCUCCUGCUGCUGGUAACUUUAAUGGGGAUGUUCCCAUGGCUAAAGCAACAAGGAAUCUUCACUCUGGACCGAUAUCUACAGAUGUGCCUUAUCACAAAGGGACUGAUGUGCAAAGUGAAAUGCACGAGGACACUGAGGAACUCAAUGCGUUGCUUUAUUCGGAUGAUGAUAGUGAGUAUUCCGAGGAUGAAGAAGUUACAAGCACUGGUCAUUCCCCUAGUACAAUGACUGCUCAGGAUGAGCAAUUUGAGGGAGGUAGUGAAGAGGUUGAUAGCUCUACAAGGCUAAUUAAAAAGCGAAAACUGCUUGAUGGCAGUUAUGGUUGUUUGCCCUUGCUUAUGGAUACUGCUAAUUUGGGGAAUUUUAACAGAUAUUCUGAAUACGAGGAUGAUGCAGAUUCAAGCUGUGCCAAAGGCCAAAAUCCUGGAUCAGGUGAUACAGAUUCGUCUUCAAGCAACAAGAGAAUGAGAAAGGAUAAAAUCCGAGAGACGGUUACUGUUUUGCGAAGCAUAAUCCCAGGCGGAGAGGGAAAGGAUGCAGUUGCGGUUCUUGACGAAGCUAUCAACUACCUGAAAUCCCUGAAACUUAAAGCCAAAACCUUGGGACUUAAUACUCUAUGAGCUGCAGCCUGCAACUGUUCUCACAAGUAGUAUUAGUUGUUAUUUCUGUCAUUGUUAGUGGAGCUGUGUUAAAUAAGUGAAGUAUACACAAUCUUGCAUGGAGUUUUCAUAUAUAAUUUGGAGCCCUUCCAAAAAUAGAAGAGCGUAGACAAAGAACAUGAAUCCUUCCCAAUGAUAUUAGUUGGAAUCCAGUAGCAUAAGGGGUCGAAAUCUCAUCUCUAUUUCCUAAAGGAAGCAAAGGAUACAUGAGUGUAUAGUAUGUCCCAAUAAAGGAAGGUGAACCAUCAUUAGUCAACAUCUUGGGUUGUAGAGAAAGUGAAACUCACAGCUAGGCAUGAGGGAUGAUGGGUUGGAUGUGUGAAUGAGAAGACUGGUUAUUCCAAGAGGGACGCGGCCUCAUAAAAAAGGGGGUCUAAGCGCACGCCCAUUUGGUGUUUUGGGACCCCCAAUCCUUCAGUUUCUUCUCCCUUUUUGUAUUUCUUGUCAAGUGUUUUUUCACCUUUGAUGCAGGAAAUUGCACGAGCAAGGAGGCUUCUCCUAUUUCAUCAUAUGCUAAUGCCACAGUUCAACCGGAAGGGCCCCCCUCCUUUCCCAUAUCACACCAUCUGAUGUAUUAUUCCUUUGCCAUCAUGGGACUCUUGUUUUUUGUUGUUAAACUCGUGAUUCUGCAGUGCUUUUAAUGGGGGCUAGCAAGUUAUAUAUAUGUAUUAUGAUGAUGAUGAUGUGAGCAGCCAUGGUUGGCAUGGAACUUGAUGUAAUGUUAUGUUUGGUUUGGUGUAAUGUAAUGUAAUGUUUUGUCAUCUA